CUCAAUAAAUCACAGAAGAGAGUCAAAUCUACAUUUAUUGAGCAACAACAAAGCUGCUAACCUCAGACCAAUUAAUCCUUGGAAAUGGAUCUCUCUUUCAGUGGCUUGUUGAUACUAGUACUUGUAAACUAUGCUGUAGGCCUUAAUGAGUGCCAAGAAUCAAGAUGUGGGAGACAUGGACCAAUCAUCCGAUUUCCAUUCCGCCUCAAGGACAAACAACCAGACCGUUGUGGCUAUCCUGGGUUUGCACUAUCUUGCCAGAGUCAUCGUCCAUUGCUGGAGUUGCCAAAUUCGGUGAAACUUUACGUUGACAAAAUUGAUUAUGCAUCUCAGUAUAUUUUCACAUCUGAUCCAAACAAAUGCCUUCCUAGACACCUCUUAAACUUCAGCUUCAGUUUAUCUACUAGUCCUUUCCAGUUUAUGGAUGAGUCUCGGUAUAAUGUUUUCUUCUUCAAUUGUACAUCAAUGGAUAGAGAAAUGCUUCUGCAGAUGCGUUGCCUUAGUAGUCCUGGCUAUGAUAUUUAUGCUUUUACAUCCGAUUAUCCCCUCAGUUUCGUGUACCUGGCACACUGCACCAAGAUGUUCAAUAUUUCAUCAAUUUCGAAUGAGAUGAUUGAUGGGGCAAAUUUUCUGCGCUUGAAUUGGUCGAAGCCAGAAUGUGGAUUUUGUGAAAGUCAAGGCAAGUUCUGUAGAUUGAAGAAAAACAGCACAUAUGAAACGGAAUGUUAUGACAAGCCUAUACCUAAACCAACUGCUCAAGGCAUCAAAACAAAGUUGAUGGCCACAGGUAUAACACUAGGUCUAUUUCUUCUGGUAGUAGUGGCGUUUGCCCUCUACCGAAUCUACAACAAUCACCAAGCAGAAGAAGAACAUCAAUCAAGGAUUGAAAAGUUUCUGGAGGAUUACAAGGCUCUCAAACCCACAAGGUAUUCAUACGCAGAUAUAAAAAGGAUUACAAAUCAAUUUAAAGAUAAGUUAGGGCAGGGAGCAUAUGGAACAGUGUUUAAAGGAAAGCUUUCCGAUGAGAUAUUUGUGGCUGUAAAGAUCCUCAAUAACUCAACAGGAAAUGGGGAAGAGUUCAUUAAUGAAGUUGGAACCAUGGGAAACAUCCACCAUAUCAAUGUGGUCCGUUUGAUUGGCCACUGUGCAGAUGGAUUUAGGAGAGCUCUAGUUUAUGAGUACCUACCAAAUGAAUCCUUGGAAAAAUUUAUAUCUUCAGGUGAUGGUAAGAAUCUUUCUCUCAGUUGGAAGAAGCUUCAAGACAUUGCUGUUAGCAUAGCCAACGGAAUUCAGUAUCUGCACCAAGGGUGUGAUCACCGAAUCCUACAUUUCGACAUCAAGCCUCAUAAUAUCUUGUUAGACGAGAAUUUCAAUCCUAAAAUUUCAGAUUUUGGCCUGGCCAAGUUAUGUUCAAAGGAUCAGAGUGCUAUUUCAAUGACUACUGCUAGAGGGACAAUGGGCUAUAUUGCACCUGAAGUCUACUCUAGGAACUUCGGAAAUGUGUCAUAUAAAUCAGAUGUUUACAGUUUUGGAAUGGUGUUGCUUGAAAUGGUUGGAGGAAGGAAAAACAAUGAUGUAACAGUAGAGAACGACAAUCAGGUGUACUUCCCAGAACGGGUAUACAAGCAGUUGGAUGAAGGAGAAGAGCUGAGAAUCAGAUUAAAGGAAGAAGGAGACGCAGAAAUAGUAAAGAAACUAACAAUUGUGGGUCUUUGGUGCAUUCAGUGGCACCCUAUCGAUCGUCCAUCAAUGAAAAGUGUAGUUCAAAUGUUAGAAGAAGAUGUAAACAAAUUAACAAUGCCUCCUAAUCCUUUUGCCUCUAGAGGUCCUACAGCAAUGUCUGGGAAGCAUGUUCACCAAGAGUUUUGGCUUUGAAUUUUGAAGCAGACUGAUUAUAUCAUGUACGUUAAUCCACCAAAAAAGAAUAUUAUAAAUAUUAUUUGAUCUUGUAUUGUUUUGGUGGGCAAUAAAAACGCAAAGAAGAGAAAAUAAGCUUAUGAUACUGA